CCCCACGUCAAAUUUCUCGGGCAAUCGAGUCACUACGCCAGCUCGAGGACGAACUCAGGUCCCGUCCGCUUGGGUUCUGGUUGUUGAUGGCGUCUAGGGUUUUGUCAGGGUUUGCUCGACGCACCGCCGCACGCCGGCUGAUUCCGCCCUCCUCCCGGCCAGAGGCGAUCGGAAACCGCUCCGUUGGCUUGCCUUCUGCAAAGGAAUCGGCUCUGGGAUCAUUGGCGAAUUCAUCGUUCAAGGAUAUCGUAAAUGCUGAAGAAAAAAUUGCCAAAUUCUCCAGAUGGCAAUUGGUCAACAGAAACCCUGCAGGUCAACCUAAUAUUUACAAAAGAAACCCAGGCAUAUUUCCAUGUUUAGCGAGAACUUGUGCAUCAAAUUAUUCCACAUCGGAACAAAAGAGAAGUGAGGAGAGCAGAAAAGAUAUAUCAACAAUUGAAGAUCCCUUUGAUGCACCUACAUACAACAUUCCAGAAAAGCCAGUGACAUUUACUGAGGGUGCCUCGUAUAGUCUUGUAAUACUUGCAGGAUUGGGUGUUGCAGGCGUGGCUGCUUAUGCUGUUUUUAAAGAGUUAAUUUUUGAGCCUAAAGAGUACAAAAUUUUUGGAAAGGCACUUGAAAGGGUACAGAAUGAUAGCCGGGUUACUGUUAGAAUAGGCCACCCUGUUACUGGAUAUGGCCAAGAAAGCAGAAACCGUGCUGCUCGUCAACGCAUUCCCAAUAGAGUUUGGACUGAUGAAGCUGGCAUUGAGCAUGUCGAGGUAAGCUUCCAUAUUCGUGGACCUAAUGGAUUUGGAAAGGUGUAUGCAGAAAUGUUCAAAAACCAAGCCGAGAAGGAGUGGAUUUUCACAUACUUGAUUGUCGAGAUUAAGUCUCCAUCACCUGCACAGUUGAUGCUAGAGUCGUAUGUUCCUGCAUAAUGGACACCUGGGAUGCUUUUCAAUAUCUCCAGAUUUUAACUGUCCGAACCGUCACUCCAGAGCCAGGAUACUGCUCAUGCUUUGUUCCAACUUUCGACGUGGCUGAAUACACAAUGGAUGAUCAUUUAUGACAAAUUUACUCCUUGUAUUGAUUUUGAUGGUGAAGCUAAGAAUGGAUGGAGCCUGAGAUUUUACCUAUAUUUUUUGAUAAUGAAUCUUAUUCUUUGCUUU